AAUAAAAAACGAAUACCAAAACAAAAAUUGCACUAUUUCAGCAUUAAAUAUCGUUUGAUAUAAGCAAUUAAUCAGAGUUAAAUCAUUUAGGGUCUAUAUUUCCCUUGAAUUAAGGUCACAUGACCCUAUUAAACCGAGCUUUAAUUUGUUGACGCUUAGCGGUCAAGCUUAUAUAUUUGACCUUCUCAAGGUGACCGAUAUCGCAUCUUGGUAGCUCAGUCGGGCUUAGGCAGUCGUAGGAGUUUGUUUAGUACUAAAUUAACUGGAUCACGAUGAGCGUUCAAACGGAUUCUGAAAAGCGUAAGCAGAUAUCUGUCCGCGGCAUUGUCGCUGUGGAAAAUGUUACCGAAGUGAAGAAGGCUUUCAAUCGUCAUGUGCAUUAUACUUUGGUAAAAGAUCGUAAUGUUGCUACGCCAAGGGAUUACUAUUUCGCCCUUGCACAUACUGUCCGUGACCAUCUGGUUUCCCGCUGGAUUAGGACCCAGCAGUAUUAUUAUGAAAAAGAUCCCAAGAGAGUCUACUAUCUAUCAUUGGAAUACUACAUGGGCCGUUCUCUCCAAAAUACCAUGAUAAACCUGGGCAUCCAGGGAACUGUGGAUGAAGCUCUGUAUCAGCUCGGCUUAGAUAUUGAAGAGUUGGAGGAGCUGGAGGAGGAUGCGGGUCUGGGAAAUGGAGGUCUUGGACGUCUCGCCGCUUGCUUCCUUGAUUCCAUGGCCACACUUGGAUUGGCCGCAUAUGGUUAUGGUAUAAGAUACGAAUAUGGGAUCUUCGCGCAGAAGAUUGAAAACGGUGAGCAACAGGAGGAGCCCGAUGACUGGUUAAGGUAUGGGAACCCAUGGGAGAAGGCACGCCCUGAGUAUAUGCUGCCUGUCAAUUUCUAUGGCCGCGUUGUUGAUACUCCGCAAGGAAAGAAGUGGGUAGACACACAGGUGGUGUUCGCGAUGCCGUACGACAACCCCAUCCCCGGCUACAACAACAACGUGGUCAACACGCUACGCCUCUGGUCCGCCAAGAGCCCUAUCGACUUCAAUCUCAAGUUCUUCAACUCUGGUGAUUACAUCCAGGCCGUGCUGGACAGGAACGUGGCCGAGAACAUUUCGCGCGUGCUCUAUCCCAAUGACAACUUCUUCGAGGGUAAGGAGCUGCGCCUGCGCCAGGAGUACUUCAUGUGCGCCGCCACGCUGCAGGACAUCAUCCGUAGGUACAAGGCCUCCAAGUUCGGCUGCCGCGACGCCGUCAGGACCACCUUCGAGAGCCUGCCCGAAAAGGUCGCCAUACAACUGAACGACACACAUCCCGCACUGGCGAUUCCUGAACUACUGAGAAUCUUACUCGACAUCGAGAAGGUGCCCUACGACGAAGCCUGGAACCUCGUGGUCAAGUGCUGCGCCUACACCAACCACACGGUGCUGCCCGAGGCCCUGGAGCGCUGGCCCUGCUCCAUGCUGGAGAACGUGCUGCCGCGCCACAUGCAGCUCAUAUACCACAUCAACUUCCUCCACCUGCAGGAAGUGCAGAAACGCUGGCCCGGCGACAUGGACCGCCUGCGCCGCAUGUCCCUCAUCGAGGAGGAGGGAGAGAAGCGCGUCAACAUGGCCAACCUCAGCGUCGUCGGCUCCCACGCCGUCAACGGGGUCGCCGCCAUUCACUCGGACAUUCUCAAGAAGACCAUUUUCCGCGACUUUUUCGAGAUGUGGCCGGAGAAGUUCCAGAACAAGACCAACGGCAUCACGCCCCGGCGCUGGUUGCUGCUCUGCAACCCGGGCCUGUCUGACCUCAUCUGCGACAAGAUCGGCGACGACUGGACCGUGCACCUGGAGAAGCUGCAGCAGUUGAAGCGCUGGGCGAAGGACCCGGCCUUCCAGCGCGCCGUCAUGAAGGUGAAGCAGGAGAACAAGCUGCGGCUGGCGGCGCUCAUCGAGCGCGACACCGGCAUCAAGAUCAACCCCGCAUCGAUUUUCGACAUCCAGGUGAAGCGCAUCCACGAGUACAAGAGGCAGCUGCUCAACAUUCUGCACGUCAUCACGCUCUACAACCGCAUCAAGCGCGACCCGAGCGCCCCCAUCACACCGCGCACCGUCAUGAUCGGCGGAAAGGCCGCGCCCGGGUACUACAUCGCCAAGCAGAUGAUCGCCCUCGCCUGCGCCGUCGGGAACACUGUGAACAACGACCCGGACGUGGGCGACAAGUUGAAGCUGAUCUUCCUGGAGAACUACCGCGUGUCGCUGGCGGAGCGCAUCAUGCCCGCGGCGGACCUCAGCGAGCAGAUCUCCACGGCCGGCACUGAGGCCUCCGGCACCGGCAACAUGAAGUUCAUGCUCAAUGGCGCCCUCACCAUCGGUACUAUGGACGGUGCUAACGUGGAGAUGGCGGAGGAGGCCGGGGAGAACAACAUGUUUAUCUUCGGCAUGAGAGUCGACGACGUGGACGCUCUCCACAAGCGAGGAUACAACGCGUUCGAGUACUACGAGCGCAGUCCGGAGCUGAGGCAGUGCAUCGAGCAGAUCCGCAGCGGCUUCUUCUCUCCCGAGGCUCCGGGCAAGUUCGCGCAUCUCGCAGAUGUGCUGCUGCACCACGACCGCUUCCUGCAUCUCGCUGACUACGAUGCAUACAUACAGGCGCAGGACAAGGUCUCCGCCGUAUACCAGAAUUCAGCUAAAUGGGCAGAGAUGGUGAUUGAGAAUAUCGCAUCAUCCGGCAAGUUCUCAUCUGACCGCACCAUAGAGGAGUACGCGCGUGAGAUCUGGGGAGUCGAGCCAUCUUGGGAGAAACUGCCCGCACCCCAUGAAUCUGUCUAGGUUAAGCACAGCUUGCCAUAUUCAAACUGACCUUUAUUUAUAUUACUCUGGACAUGUUGAUGUUUGAAAAUGGCAGCUUUACUACCUGUU